GGUUUGUUCAUGCAAUCUACCAAUACAUCAAAAAGAAGGAAAUCCUGUUUGAUAUCGCUAUUCGAUGUCAUGUAGGACGUUGUUCCUCUCCACUGCCUGGAUUAAAGCCAUGAAAACACACCGCUGUACUUCUGGAACGAUGCUGGGAUUCCAGAAACAAGCUGUCAGUGACGUUCUCGUGCUGUUGCUCUAAUGGUGAGUCAUGGAUGAAGACGACAGCCAAGAUGAGCUGAUCAAUCGCAGUACAUCCCACAGCAAAGGAAAAAGAGCAGCUUUGUGGACCAUCUCAGAUGACUCAGAUGACCAAGAGGAGGAAUCUGAGGAAGGAGAGUCAGAUAGUGGUGAUGAGGAGGAAGAUGAUGUGAAUCAAGAUGAAAAUGAGGAGGGGGAAGAUGAUGAUGAUGAGGAAGAGGAAGAAGAUGCGGAACAUGAAAAUGGAGCUUUUGGCGGAACCUCCGCGGAUGUCGAAGGAAUGAGCUCAGAUGAGGAUAGUGAAAGGUGUCCAAUCUGCCUGAAUUCGUUCAAUAGCCAGCCCGUUGCAACACCAGAGAACUGUGAGCACUACUUCUGUUUCGACUGCAUCCUCGAAUGGGCGAAGAAUGCAAACUCAUGUCCUGUAGACCGCAUCGCCUUUAACAACAUAUACCUUAGGAAAUGUCAUGGAGGAAGAGUAAAGAAAGUGAUAACCGUGCAAAAGCCAGUGAAAGCCGGGCAGGAGGAAACGGUAAAUGUGGACCUGGAGCAAACCAACUGUGAGGUGUGCGGGGGCAGUGAUCGCGAGGACCGCCUCCUUCUCUGUGAUGGUUGUGAUGCAGGGUAUCACAUGGAGUGCCUCACACCUCCUCUUGACUCUGUUCCUGUGGAGGAAUGGUUUUGUCCUGAAUGUGAAGCCAAUAACCGUCACUCAAGAGGAUCAGCGGAGGAAGUUAGUGAUGCAGACAGUCUCUCCUCUCCUGCCCGUCCGGCCACCAGUAGGUCCCAGCCUCGCUCUGCAGGCCCCACCAGAGCUAUCGCCCGCACCCAGCAGAGCGAGAGGGUUCGAGCCAGUGUCAACCGGCAUCGAAUCACGCAGGCACGCACGUCACAGUUGGCUCCAACAUAUCUGAUACAAUCCACCUGGCUCGAUGAAACUAUUAACGCUGUCGUCGCCGGGCUCAACACGGCUGUGUAUGUACGGGACAUCACGUCACAGGCCCCAUCGAGCCGCAGACGCGCAACACGAAAACGCAGGAAAGUGAAAAGUAAGAAGACGGCGUCCGCUAAAGGCAACAAAGAGGGAAGCACAGUGGCCAAGCGGAGAAGACGGAGAGCGAGGAGGAACAAAUCCAGGAAAAAACUUAUUUUGAAAAAGACAGCCACUCCUAGAAGCCGCAUUGCAAAUAAUCUUGGGAUUGUUAAGGACAAGAAGAGCUCCUCCCUCCCGACUGUUUACCGCCCAUCAGAGCACACGCUGAGCAGCAUGCGUGCCGACAUCGGAGCUGCGUCCCUCUCGAUCUACGGAGAUCCAUUCGACCUGGAUCCAUUUGUGGAUCAUGAGAGGGGGGAACAGGAAGCCCACGUCACGUCGCUGUUGGAGGCUAAGAGGCGAGGAAUCUCUCGCUCUGCCCUUCGUUCUCACCAGCCAGUGGCUCGACCGGUUUCCGCAGGCCUGUCCAGUAGGAGAAGCAUGGAUGUCCCUCGCUCAGCGGGUGUUGUGGAGGCAGCUCCUGUUCCUGACCUGCUGGGCAGCAUCCUGUCUGGACAGAGCAUGCUCUUGAUGGACAGUUCUGAUGUUGUCAUUAAUCGGGAUGGUUCACUUAAAACGGCAAAGCCAAUGCUUCCUAAUACGCCGAUGCCAAAUACAAGGACUGUUUUACAAAGCAGCAGUUCAGGAGACGCCAACAUCGCCGUCAGCCCAGGGUUUUCCUCUUUCCACCACAAUGGAAAUAUUCCAGGAUCCUCCCAUACCUCUCCAAAUGGAACUUUGUCCCAGAACUCUUCCCAUUUACCCUCCUUAGCCAAUCACAUCCAACCAACUCCUCUUAAUUUACCACCUAGAGGAAAUCCAAGUUUUCCACCUAUUAAUCCAAACGUAUCGGCCCUGUCUCCUCGUCAUUGGGAGAACAAUGAAGUCGGAGUCCCAAGAGAAGCCGCCUCAUCCGUCCAACCCACCCAGGACUCCAACUCCAAAAGCAAAGGAGUAGCUCCGUCGCAGUCCCAAACUAAAAAGGCUUCGGUAAAACCCACGUGGGUGGAUGUGUCUGUACUUCCUAGGAUACCAAAAAUAAAACGAGAGCGUGGUAAUGUCAUAAGCAAUGGGGCUUGUCAUGGUGGUAAUUAUGGUAGUAAUAGAGUUGGUAGUGAUGGAGGAAGUACUAGUAAUGGUUCUGGGUUACCUGAAAGUAGCAUGAGUAGUCUCUCAGGGGAUAAAGGAAAGCAGCAAAGUGUAGAUCAGCAAAAGGGUCACACAGGGGGUCAGGCUCAGAAGAGCAGGCCUGAAAGGACGAGCUCAUCAUCAGCCUUUUCUAAUUCAUUCUCCUCUUCCUCCUCUUCAUCUGGAACAUCUGCCAGCCAAUCCCGACAUGCCUCAUUUUCCUCAUCUUCAUCAGUAAGUUUCCGCAUUAAUUCCAGUGGCAAUUCCUGGCAUGCAAGGCAUCUGAGUAUGACAUCAUCAUCUUCUGGGAGCAACGUAUGGGAACAAUGGAAAGAUGAAGAACAGGAAGUAAAGAAGAAACGGCUACACAAGGACAAAAAGGAGCCGAUAGCUUUCCGUAACACCUUCAGCGAGGAAUCGGAAGAUAAUAACAUAUACGACCCCUUUAAUCCUACGCAAUCAGAGUCAAGUAACUCGGGCGGUGAAGCAGAGAGCCCGCGCUUGAAACGCAGCCCUCAGAGUGCCACACGUGAAAGGAAAUCUUCAGUUUUAGAGAACACCAACGGGUCGGAUAGGAGCGAGCCGGAUCUGGUUCAGCUGAAAACCGAAACACGGGAGGCUGAAGUUUCACAGGAAGAACCUGGUUGUGCUCGGAUUUCUGUAUCUCAAGAGAGGGGAUUCUCGGAAGAUUGCGUCAAAGUGAAACAAGAAUCCGAAUUAACAGACUUAAACACAGAAACUGUUUUCUUUUACAAUAAAUUUAAGAAAGAACCAAGUUCAGAGGAGUCUGACGGAGAGGAGUCUGAAAGUUAUGACGGUCGAGUAAAAAAGGAGAGAGAGAUAAAAACUGAUGCAAAGGACAACGCAGCGCCUGCUCGCCACAGCUUUGAUCAGCUGGACGCGGAGCAAGAGGUUGAAGACGAGCAUGCAGAACAUCUCGGUGGAUCUUUUAACGUCCAGGAUGAUUCAUCAGCAUCCACUUCUACAGCCGCUAAGAAGAAGCAAACAGAAGAAGCAAAAUCGGAUUCUACGUCCUGUUCCAAGCAUCCAUUUAAAGAUUCGGGUCAUAAGAAGCCAAGCUACAAAACUUCCAAAGAGCAACAGUCUAGUCGUUUUGAGACGGAUGCAGGCAGAAGAGAAGAUCGUCAUGGCUCGGAUAAAGGAGGCAAAAAGAAAGAAUGGGACAGAGACAGAAACUCCAGGCGGUCGCAAUCGAGAGAAAGAAGAAGGGUUCGUUCAUCCUCGGACGGAUCUCGGUCCAGCUCUCCUGAUACAACCCGGAGGAGGAGGCGGCAUUCCAGGUCACGAUCUACAGACAAAACAAGGAAAAGGCGAUCCAGGUCGCUUUCAAGCUCUAGCAGCAGAGAACACUCAAGAAGGAAGAAGCAUCAACAAACGAGCAGGAGGAGGAGCGAGCACAAAGAGAGGGACUCGGACAAAAGACGAGUGUCUAAGGACAAGAGGCGCGGUCGAUCUCGCUCUAGGUCGCGCUCUAGGUCAAGGGAAAGGAGGAAAGAUUGCUCCAGGUCACAACAGAUGUCUCUCUCAUCUAGGGACAAAGUGGAGUCACCGUCUAAAAUCAGGAACAAACAGAGGAGCAGAUCCAGAUCCAGAGAGAGAAUGAAAGAUGAGAGAUCGUCCAGAAGUUCAGCAAAAAUGUCAGAUACGUGUGGCUCGUCCUCUAGAGAUGCAGCUCGCUCACAGGAAGGAACAAAGACGAGUAAAGUUCCUGGAAACACAGGAGAUGCUAAAUGUGGGAAAAAACAGGAGUUGGCGGCCAUCUCCUUUAUCUCUGAAGUCAAAAAGGAAGAGAUGGAUUAUGAUUCAGAGAGCCAAAUCAUCCCUACAGGUGAUCCAAAUGAAAUAAAGAACGAAAAAGAAGCUAAAAUAGAAAAAUCUGUGGAUAUUUUUGAGGAUUCUUUCACCCCUGAAGUAAUUGAGAGAGAAGAAAUGGAUACAACCUACGUGGUAACACGUGAAUUUAUUGAUGAUGUCAUUGAGGAUCCCAGUAAGACAGAAUAUGGCGAAACGAUGGAGUCAGAGCCCAAUCCAGUGCCAUUAAGCCCCUUACCUCCUACCUCCUCACCUACAGCAGACAUCCCAGACCCAGCAUCUGAGCCUGGUUUAGGAGACCCUAGCAAGCAAAACCCGGUUUGUUCAAUAGAAGGUUCUGUGAAACAGGAGCCAUCUGACUCUGAUGAUGAUUUUAACGUUGACAUGAUGCUGGAUAGUCUCGAUUAUGUAAACCCGGAGCAAACAGAGGGGAGUGGUGCAGCUGUCAAGGAGGAGAAGGAGGCGGUGAAGGUGGAAGAGGAGCAGGUCCCAACUAUGGUGGGCUCCAAGUCCAAGACUCAGGUGAAACGGGUUACCUGGAACAUCCAGGAGCCUGAGGGGCCUCAGCCGGAGAAGUCACAGAGCAAACUGGCACUUUAUAAGCGCAAGCUGAAGCAGGAAGGAUCUCGUAAAACCUCUUUGGCAUUCCAGGCAGCCCAUCAGGAUGUUGUCAGAGAUCCAGCCCAGAAAAGAGCUGCUUUCCUCAGUACCAGUUCAGGUUCUGGUGGUCUACAGCCAAGGGAGUCGUCGACAACUGGACAAGGAGAAGCCGAGGAAGGUGAUUUCUCCAGAAAAGACAAGCAUUACUUGAAAAAGCUGCACAUGCUGGAGAGGGCUGUGGAAGAGGUCAAGCUAGCCAUCAAACCUUUCUACCAAAAGAGAGACAUCAACAAAGAAGAAUACAAAGAGAUUCUGCGCAAAGCUGUUCAGAAGGUGUGCCACAGCAAAAGUGGGGAAAUCAAUCCAGUCAAAGUGGGAAAUCUUAUCAAGGCGUAUGUGGAGAAAUACAAACAUGCUAGGAAACAUAAAAAAGGAGACGACUCGGCAAAGGCACCUGAGGAUCAGACCGAGGCGAUGAAAAUGUCUGAGAGUCCAUGAGGUGUCAUUAACAAGUCACUGUAAUUGUUGGAUCUCGAAAUGUUUGAAAAAUAUUGUUUCACUAGACAAGUUUGUCUUCAGUGAUGAAUCUUGUAUUUCAUUAGUAAUUCGACAACAAAUGAUCUGGAAAAAGGACUUGAAUGCUGCCCAUUUGUGUCUUUUCUUGAUCUGUAACUGCCAGAAACUGGUCUGUUUGUGUUUGUUCGACUCAGAAAUGUGGCGGUAUUGCCUUAAGGAGGCAUAACUGAAAGAAUCUUCCAUGGAAAUAUAGAUUUAUUAGCUAUUAUCACUGGUGGAACGUGGUGUGAUGCUCGAUACAUUUUCUUUGUGUUGUUAUUCAAGGGAUGGGUUAUUUAUGCGUGGUAAAAGUGCAGCACAUGCAUAUUCGAGAGGCUGGUCACAUUAAGGAGAGACGAUAUGCAAUUUUUGUAGGAAAUGUACGAGUAUAAUCGAUUUUAGAUUUCAUGUAAAUAAUUCAGAUUUGAUAUAAAUAUCUGCGUGUUUUCUUUGUUGCCUGUUGUGAAAUUAAUUUUGUUUACAGUUGAUUUCAGCUUUUUAUUUCAGAGGCCGUUUCUUUUUUCCUCACUUCUGAUAUCAAAAUCCAUUAAGCUCGAUUUAGCUGAACGUAGGACAAGUUGUUGUCAUUUUUGUGGCUGUCAAAUAACUACAUCCAUGAUUUCAGGUAUGGUCUUGUUCUCUGGAGGGUUUUGCUCUUUUCUUUGGCAAAAAGUUUAAAAAAAAAAACAAAUCUUCACGUUGAUUUUUAUCAGAAAUGUAAAAACUGGAUUUUAGGGAACCAGCAAUUAUUUUUGUGUAUAAAAACUGUCAGAAAGCAGGUAAAUCUUCUGGUUGCUUUACUUUUAAAAGUUGCGAGAAAGACGUUUAAUACAGAAUUGAGCUUAGAUUAAAGAGACCAGAUGCUAUCUUUGUUUUUUGUUUCAUUUUUAGCUCAGUAACAUUUAGUUGCAUUCAAUUAACUAAUAUUUAGCCAAAUUUAUUGGUAUCAUUUUAUGGAUCCAUUUAAAGGCGGCGAGUCAAGUCAGAAUGUUCAGAUAUGGCUUUUGGUUUUUAACAUUACAUAUAUUAGCCUCUGCAGCGUUUAGUCCUAGCCCAAACUUGUCUCCAAUUAAAGUAUCACGUACUGUAUGUAUAUUAGUUAACAGCCUGCUGUAAAGAUGGACUUCUGGGGUGUUAAUUCCUGUGUUUACUUGAUGUAACAAGCCAGGUGUUUCUCAGAGGAAAUGGAAAUAAAAAUACCUGAAUGUAAA